GUCUAACAAAAAUUAUAUAUUUUCUAAUAUAUUUGUGUUAAAAAAAAUUCGUGUUAUACUUUUUAAAGGUUCGGAGCAAACGAAGGAUACGAUGUGGGAUCGUAUCAAGGAGAUGUUCUUUAAGGCGAUGAACAAGUACGCCUCGUACCAUACCCGGGACCAACUCACUUCCAAAUGGGGCCACAUCAAUCGUAAAUUCCAAAAGUUGCCACAGACCGAUAUCACUCGGUUCUGGAGGAGUGGUACGAGCGACGCCGAUGUUCUUCGGCUUGCCACGGCCCGGUAUCAAGACGACAGGCACCAAGGCAAGGUGCCCCUCGAUCUUUGGAGAAUUUUAAGAUGUUCACCGAAAUGGCAACAACUCAACAAUUCCGACACCGGAUCCUCAAAGAAAAGAUCCUCUGUCGACGCUGAGAUUGAGGUCGAUGACACUAUCGAUGCGUCUGAACAAAGGUCUCUCUUCAACAUUGACGAUUCUGAUGACAAGAACCCCAUUCCACGGCCGAUCGGAAGAAAGAAAGCAAAAUCCAUUGUCUCGGGUUCUGGAGGGUCCGGAUUUGUUUCCGUUUCUUCUUGCGACAAUAUUGAACAAGCAAUGGUUGAACAACUUCGGAUGUUCAAUAUUUGAGAAGAAGAGAGGGCGAGAAUAAAGCAAGAGAAGGAAAAGAUCGAAAUAAUGGAAACCAACCUUGAUACGUUAUCGGGCUUCAAACGUAUAAUCUUCGAGAGAAGAUAAAAAGAGAUCAAAACUAAAUAUAAUUUACCUUAGUUUUUUAUUAAUGUAAUUUUAUUAUUAUUGUCGCUUUAAUUUUUUAUAUUUAAUGAAUGUAUUUUUUUUAU